UGAGCAUGCGCCGGAAGUGUGGAGAAGCGUUCGGCAUGACUUUCCGUCUGGAGCAGGAGGCCGCGGAUCGAUCAGAGAAUAUGCAGUUUUUAGAGGCAUAAUAGCGUGUUUAUCUCAUGACAGGACCGCGCAGCUUCGCUUGAGGCCGCUGGAUGGAGAAACCGCAAAUAUGGCGAGCUAACCGGGUUAUGCAGGAGAGGAGCGAGUGUGUGUGCGACGUGUGAUUUUUGUGUGUGAGGUCAUCGGCCGCAAUGAUGCAACAAAAGCGCAACAUUCGGAUCAUCGAAUGGGAGGAUCUGGACAAGAGGAAGUUCUACUCACUGGGCGUCUUCAUGACCAUGACCACACGGGCCACCGUCUACCCAUUCACCCUGAUCCGCACCAGACUUCAGGUCCAGAAGGGAAAGUCGCUCUAUAACGGCACCUUCGACGCCUUCUUUAAGAUUCUGAAGGCCGAGGGGGCGCGUGGCCUCUACCGAGGGUUCAUGGUCAACUCGUUCACACUGAUCUCAGGUCAGGCCUACAUCACUACCUAUGAGUUGGUAAGGAAAUACGUGUCCUGUUACUCGUCCAAUAACACGGUCAAGUCUCUGGUGGCGGGCGGAGCGGCGUCACUGGUGGCCCAAAGCAUCACGGUGCCCAUCGACGUGGUGUCCCAGCAGCUGAUGGUGCAAGGUCAGGGGUGUCAGCUCACACGCUUUAAACUCAAGCCCAAGAUGGCAGUGGCCACGUCCAAACAUAAAGUCACAUUUGGUCAGACUAGAGACAUUGUGGUUCAAAUUUUUCACGCGGAUGGAUUUCGGGGGUUUUAUCGUGGAUAUGUGGCGUCGCUGCUCACCUACAUACCCAACAGCGCUGUCUGGUGGCCCUUUUAUCACUUUUAUGCAGAGCAGCUCUCCAAACUGGCCCCGGCUGACUGUCCGCACCUCCUCCUGCAGGCCGUGGCGGGACCGAUGGCUGCAGCUACAGCCUCCACCCUGACCAACCCCAUGGACGUGGUCCGAGCCAGAGUACAGGUUGAAGGUCGUUCGUCUGUGAUCGAGACGUUUAAGCAGCUCAUGGCUGAAGAGGGUGUGUGGGGUCUCACGAAGGGUCUGUCCGCACGCAUCAUUUCCUCCAUGCCCACGUCUGUCAUGAUCGUCAUAGGUUACGAGACACUAAAGAGACUCAGUCUGCGCCCUGAACUGGUGGACAGCAGACACUGGUGAAAACACUCACCUGACGCUAUACCUCAGCCUUUUAAACAGAUGCCUUUUAUUAUUUUCACAUUUUAUGAGGACCAGGCAAAAAGUGAUGCUCAAAUGUGAAGAUAUGUAUUUCCUUUCUCCCUUUUUUGUGGAUUUUGUAUAUUUUGUAACCUUUAAUCUGUUCCCGUGAACUCCGGCCCAUACUAGUAUUUUGUAACGAGACGUCAUGGAACUCCUUAUUUGUCUUUUUCGCUUGGUAUGUGUUUGUUUAUCAGAGGUUUUAAAGUGAAAAAAUACUUUGAAAUGGUGAAUUUGACUCUUUCUUGUGAAUCUCAUGCAGUGCCCUUCACUUCAUUUGACAGGAAGUGAGAUCAUCAAAUCUGUUACAUGCUAGAAAUAAUGAGAACAUGGCUGGAUCUGUCUGAAAGCUUCGGAGGCAAGUCCGAAUCCAAUGUUAGCUUCACUUCCUGUCUCCUGAGAUAUCUUUCUGAUUUUUGAAGGCAGCAUAGAUGUAUCCUUCGCUGCCUUUGAUAUCCCAUAAUCAUUUGCUUUCCAUUCUGUGACAGUUGAGCUAAAAAUAAAUAAAGAUGGCGCCUGAAAUUUGCCGUUGGUGGUCAGUUUGUGUGAAAAUAUUACGUUUUGACCAACGUUUUCCACUUCUGAUGUCAUUUCUAGCAAGAAUUACUAUUGCUUGCUCUAUUUUGCUGUAAGUUAGAUCGUUAACCGUUACUCUGCCUCAGAAAUCAGUUUCGUGAGGUAACUUCGUACGCAAACGCUGCCCAAAAAGUCAUUGCAGCGAGGCAACAAGUCAGUUUCCUACGUUUUCGGAUCUAAAAACGCGUUUUUUAAAAAGUUGGACUACUUCUAACUUCAGCGCCGCGUUUUUAAAAUGCCGCGUCAUGCGCGAGACGCUGCAAAAGACCGCGAGAUGAGAGCGCGAAGACCUCCAUCUGCCGUCUUUAGAAAUGGAAAAAUGCGUUGUGUAAACGGCCCCUAAAUGCUCUUAUUUACCUAUUAACGAGGUUAUUAACAUUGUUUGGAUAAGUACAUUUACUCUCACUGUGUUCUGAAAUAGAUAAUAUUCUCUAUUUUAUCGCUUGGUUUACAUAUUAACCGUCACUUUUUGAUAUUUUUAACUGUUUCCAUCAGACGCUUGAAUAAUGUGUGAACGUUUCUUUGACUGUUCAAAGCUCACGAAUAUUUAAUGAGGCCAGAAAUGACUAAACGUGUUGCUGUAACAUAUUCAUAGUUAUAUUAAAAUAGGGCAAUUCAUGCCUGUAAAGAUUGUUUAUAAUAAAUACAAAUUUACUAAUUAUAUAUUAAAUAGUUUUUGGCUUUAAACUGCUCUUUGUGUGCAGUCAUUAUACAAUUAUUGUUAAAAUCUUUAUCCAUUGCUGGAAAAACCAUGUAAAUUAAUUUGUGGACCCAGGGUUAAACAGCAAGUGAAAAGCCUUGUGAGAAAACUUAGUACUGAAUGAAAAUUCAGCCUUUGGACUGUCAUAUUUUGUCUGUCUUUAUCUUGCCUUGUCUUUAACCUUCAGAAAAACAGUGUGUUGGGGCCAAAGCUUUUACAGUUGAAAUGUUUUAUAAAUGUGCUUCAUGUGUUUAAAAUAACUGCCAUAGUGGGUUUUGUCUGUAAGAUUGUUUUGUAACUGAAUCUGUCACAAUCAGGUGUGAAUUAAAUGAACCGCACAAGAACCGUUUGGGAUUUUUUGCUAGUGUAGAUCACAAACACUCUAAAUGGUUCAAUGGUCAAGUUCUGCUCUGGAUCUUUAUAUAUUAUAACUUAUUUUUACAUGUCUGCUACAAUACAGUAAAAAAAUAAAUUGUUACAAUGGUGGUGCAGUAACAUUUGGUGGCCAGUAGAGGGCGAGAAGUGACCAGAACAGCCAUGUUUGCACUCAAGUCAUGUGUAUAAAAAAAAAAAAAGCUGGAAAUAUCAGGAAAUUUUAACAUUUUGAUUUUAAAGUCAUAAAAAAUGAAGCAAUUAAACUCUGAAAUGAAUAUAAAUCUCAUGCUUCUUACUAAAAAUGUCAUGGAAUGUCAUCUGUCAACAAGAUUUUAGAAAAAAAAAACAUGUUUAUUUGUAUCACCAUACACAGAUGUUGACGUUGCAAUGAAACCAUGAAAUAAAAAAAUCAUUUGCAUGCA